GUAAGUCAAGCGCCUCCCCUAAACCAUCGGCAACACGAACAGCAUCAAACCAAUUUCCUAAUACACUAAUUUCUAAAGACAGUUUUUCUCUCUGUCACUAUUGUUCGUUUUGUCGUCAAAACACUUCAAGCGCUGUCCGUCAUUCCGCUCUCUACUCUGUCUUCUCUCUCCUUCCUAUUCGCGCAGACGAGCACGCACAUGUCGCGCAACACCGGAUACGUGGAGGGGCAGGACGAGGAACGGGCGUACUGUCACGGAGCCAUGCCCGCCUUCCACAGCAACAGCCCUACCUUUCAGGCACCGCAGAUUACCCCCAUUUCUACCCAGGGCGAUGGGACCACGAAGGUGGAUAGGGAGAUGGAGGGCACGUUUGAGCAGGUCGACGAGCUCGGGCCGGAGUUCCAGCGCCAACCGCCGCCGCCCACUCUGCCGCCAUUUGUAAGGGGCGCUGUGAAGAUUGUGCACCGUAUCAUGCCACCUGGCGGCUUUGCGAGUGGUGUCUUCAACCUGGCUGGUAGCAGCCUGGGGGCGGGUAUUCUCGGCUUGCCCGACGCAUUCAAUUCCUCGGGCUUGGUGACGGGCACCAUCUUACUCAUCAUCAUUUUCCUCAUGACGGUGUACACGGUGCGGCUGCUGGCCAUCGUGUACGAGAAGACAGGCAUCCGCAGCUACGAGCUGACCGCGCGUUACCUCUUCGGUCGCGGUGGUGACAUUUUCACUGCCGUGAUUAUGUUCCUCAAGUGUAUCGGUGCCUGUAUUGCGUACGUCAUCUGUGUGAGUGAUCUAUGGCAUGCCUUCCUGAAUGACGACCGCGUACCGGAGCGGUACCAGAGCGAUAGCUUUCGGCGCGUGCUGACCUCCGUUACCUUUGUGGUGCUGAUGCUGCCCCUCUCAUUGCCGCGCCAAAUCAACUCCCUCCGCUACGUCUCCCUCUUCGGUGUGACUUUUAUUCUGUUUUUCGUGGUUUGCGUCAUUGUACAUUCCGCCACGCACGGCUUGAAGAAUGGCAAUUUGUCGAAGGUGAAGCUCUUCAACACGGGCAACGCGGCCAUGGGAGGUCUGGGUCAGUUCGUCUUCGCCUUUUUGUGCCAGUCGAACGCUUACCAGGUGUUCAACGAGACCACAAAGCCGUCGGUGAGGUUUUUUGAGCUGCAGUGUUUCAUCAGCAUGCUGAUCUGCACCGUUUUUUACUGGCUUGCAGGAUUCUUCGCCUACGCCGACUUUGGCUCCGAUGUCGCCUCUUCACUGCUGAGCAUGUACCGUCCCCUGACGGAUUACUACUUCGCUGUCGCGUACUUGGGCCUUAUCAUAAAGUUGUGUGUCGCCUUCGCCCUCCACAUCCUGCCCUGCCGCGAUGCCGUGCACCACCUCGUCGGCUGGGAUAUUCGCACCGUCGCCUGGUGGAAGAAUGCGCUGCUGUGCACCUUCCUCAGCUUGGUAUCGCUGCUGUGCGGUUUGUUUAUCCCGAAGGUGAACACCGUCUUCGGUCUGCUCGGCUCCUUCACUGGGUCCUUCAUCGCCUUCGUCUUUCCGUCGCUCUUCUUCAUCUACAGCGGUGGCUUCACCCUGCAGAAGGCCGGCGCCUUCGACUUCUUCGGUGCCCUAUUUGUGCUAGUUUGCGGUGUCAUCGUCAUCUGCUUCGGUACCACGGCAACCAUCUACGGCAUCCUGUAA